UAACCACGGCCCCCCAGGUCCGGGGGUAUACCGGGGAUACCCGGGGAAAUGGUCCGUGUUUUUACCUUUCAGGUGGCCCCGCAUUGCCGGGUGAAUGCGGUGGUUUUGUCUUCGCGCAUAAUAUAGCGGGGAAUGGUCCUUACCUAGGUCCCUUGGGUGCGGGGGCAUUUAGCGGGGAUUUUACCAUCAAUUCGUCCCCGCAGGACGGAGAUUUUAGCCGGGGUUGGCUGGACCGAAAGUCAAAGUCCCCGCUAUUCCCCGGACCUGGGGGUCGUGGUUACAAUUGACUGGUGCGUAGUGUUGAUUCAAACACAAUUUCCUCCUCAACCACACGAUCAAUUUAACCUCACAUUGGUCCUCCUCUAUGGAUGCAGUGAAAACUUUGAAAAGCAUGAGCUCCACAUAACAAAUAUCGGAGAAAACAAUUUUAAUAGUGGCUAAAGAUGCAACAGACAAAAUUCAUUUGUUUUUACCACUGUCACCGGAUUUUCAAACUCAUUUUUUUAUGAAUAUGCAUUUUGUUCUGUAAAUAUAUACAGUUCAAAAUGCAUUUUUUAAAAAUAUAUAUAUUUUUCAAUACUUUUUUCACAUUUUGGGUAUUAUAAUGUUCAGUUUGGAAUUAUUUUACAUCGUGCUGAGAUGGAUCGAUUAUAUAACCAAAAGUUGACCAUGGUUAUCCAAAUAAAUUCAAUUUAGUCAACUAAGAUUUUGAUUGUAACGGUCCCCCGCCUAUUAAGUUUAUGUUUUCCUGAUGCUAUAAAGUUUGAUUGAUGAAGAAGUUGCCACAGGCUUGAAAAUGUCCUAUAAAAAGACCCAAGCCUCUUUGCUUGAUGUCAGACCUUAAACAUGCUUCUAUCUCAGCUGGUGUUUGGAUUUUGUCUGGUGACGGCUGUCCGGGGCCAUUUUGUUAGCCCAAAGGCCCACACGAGCCCUGAUCAUCACCAAUGGCCAUAUGGAUACCAUUUGCCUUUUCACGCAUUCUAUGAUAAAGAGAGUCGAUGUCCCGGUGCGUUCCAGUGUGCAGGCCGUAAUGGAGCCUGUAUCAACACAGGAAAGGUCUGUGAUGGCAGCAUGGACUGUCCAGGUGGAGAAGAUGAAACAAACUGCCCCCCUAACUGCCGCCAUAUGGGAAUGACGCCCUGUUUGGACCGGAAGUCGUGUGGACGGCCAUGUGACGGCAAGCAUGACUGUCCGGAUUUGAGCGACGAAAUUUUCUGUCCUGACAGCUGCGCAUGUGGACCAGGAAUGUACCAAUGCAAAGAUGGAAAGAAAUGUAUCCCUGUCAAACUAGUCUGUGAUGGGGAAAAUGACUGCCCUGAUUUUGACGACGAAAUGGAAUGUUCUGCUGAAUGCAAGUGCGGGGAAGGAUUCUACAUGUGUGAAAAAGAUAAGAAGUGCAUCCCUGUCGACCAAGUCUGUAACAAUGAAUCUGAUUGUAUGCUGGGCGACGACGAGGCCAACUGCCCUUCCGGCUGCAAGUGUAACCCAGGCGAUUACCUAUGCCUUGGUGGAAGUAAGUGCAUCCCUCGAGAUGAGUUUUGUGAAGAGCAAGGGGACGUUGAUCUGUCAGAUGCAGACUGUGAUAUGGGGGACGAUGAAAACACCGGCUUCUGCAAUUAUCCGACACAGGAAUAACAUCCACCGGACCAGGGCUAACAGCUCCCAGACCAGGACAAUCAGCUCCCGGACAAGGGCUAACAGCUCAUAAGAGACAUCUAUUGUUUCAUUUAUCGUUUAUUAUUUUGGCUGUAUUCAACAAUUAAUUUUAUGUAAGUAAGUAAAUAAUACGAUAACGUAAUCCAAACAGCAAUGAUUAUGUGAACGAGGUUAAUAAACGUUAAUAACUGC